AUGGCAAGGAAGCUCAGUACAUUGGAAGUCCUUCUGUUCGUCUUCUUCAUAAUUGUAUUGGCUGUAGAUAUCCUCUUGCUGCUGCUUGUGUUGGAGAAACCUUCAGAUUCUUCAUUUAUUCCAGUGUGCCCAGCGAUCUCUCAGUCAGAAAGGAUAGACUGCGCACCUGGACAGGCGGUGACAGAGGAUACUUGCAGAUGGCAAUAUAAAUGCUGCUGGAAUUCUGCAGCAGAGACCAAUGUCCCUAGGUGCUUCUUCCCCAGAAACUGGGGCUAUGAAGUCAUCAGGGCCCAAACAAAUACAAGCACAGGGUUUACUGCCCAGUUGAGAAAGUUGUCAUCCCCAUCUCUGUUUGGAGAUGAUGUCACCAAUGCCCUCCUCACAGCUGAAUUUCAGACAGCCAAUCGUUUUCGUUUUAAGAUAACUGAUUUCAAUGCGAUCCGCUAUGAAGUCCCUUCUGAAAACAUCAAUUUACUUAAUGACACUGCUGAUAUCUCCAGUUUGAGCUACCAUGUAGAAGUCACUGAUAAUCCCUUUAGCAUCAGAAUAAUGAGGAAGAACAACAAAAGAGUCCUGUUGGACACAAGCAUUGGGCCCCUCCAGUUUGCCCAGCAGUUCCUGCAGCUGUCUUUCCGACUUCCCAGCACCAAUGUGUAUGGGCUGGGGGAGCACGUGCAUCAACAGUACCGCCACGACAUGGCCUGGAAGACCUGGCCCAUCUUUACCCGGGAUGCCGCCCCCACUGCGGGCAUGAUUAACCUAUAUGGAGCACAUACAUUCUUCUUGUGCCUUGAAGACACCAGUGGUUCCUCUUUUGGAGUUUUUCUGAUGAACAGUAAUGCCAUGGAGGUCGCUCUUCAGCCUGCUCCUGCAGUCACUUACCGCACAAUUGGGGGCAUUCUUGACUUCUACGUGUUCCUGGGAAACACUCCAGAGCAAGUGGUUCAGGAAUACCUGGAGCUUGUUGGACGACCAUUCUUGCCUUCCUACUGGAAUCUUGGGUUCCAGUUAAGUCGCAGGGAUUAUGGUGGCAUCAAUGGGUUGGAAGAGGUUGUAAACCGAACUCGUGAAGCUGGGAUCCCGUAUGAUGUCCAGUACUCUGAUAUAGACUACAUGGAUGGAAAGAAGGAUUUCACUAUUGAUGAAAAGGCUUACCCUGAUCUCUCAGGUUUUGUCAAGAGGUUACAUGAUGAUGGCCAAAAAUAUAUAAUUAUUAUGAAUCCUGGUAUCCUGAAAGAUCCUAACUACAAUACAUAUAAAGAUGGAAGACUAAAGAGAGUAUGGAUCUUGGAGAACAAUGACUUCGCUGUUGGGGAGGGAUACCCUGGUCCAACUGUCUUUCCUGACUUCAGCAAUCCAGUGUGUACCCAGUGGUGGACGCAACAGGUCACUGAAUUUCACAGCAGUCUGAACUUUGAUGGAGUGUGGAUUGAAAUGGAUGAAGUAACUAGCUUUCUCCAAGAUUCUGGUCAUUCGUGUGAAUCAAACAGCUUGAACUUCCCACCUUUUACUCCUGGCAUUCUAGACCACUUACUGUUUGCAAGAACUCUCUGCAUGGACACAGAGUUUUACUGGGGCCUUCACUAUGAUGUCCACAGCUUGUAUGGCCACUCCAUGGCAAGAGCCACACACUCGGCCAUGGAGACUAUCUUCUCCAAUAACAGGAGCUUCAUCUUAUCCCGUUCUACUUUCGCUGGAUCUGGUAAAUUUGCUGCUCAUUGGCUGGGGGACAAUGCGGCUACAUGGGAUGAUCUCCGAUGGUCCAUCCCUGGUAUCCUUGAAUUCAACCUGUUUGGCAUCCCCAUGGUAGGUGCCAACAUCUGUGGUUAUAAAGAAAACAUCACAGAGGAGCUCUGCAGAAGGUGGAUGCAACUUGGAGCAUUUUAUCCACUAUCAAGGAAUCACAAUGGGCCUGGGUUCAGGGACCAGGAUCCUGCUGCCUUUGGUUCUGAGUCCCUGCUGCUGAAUUCCUCCAGACAUUAUCUGAACAUCCGAUACACUCUGCUGCCCUAUCUCUACACCCUCUUCUACCGCGCUCACACCCAGGGGCAGACAGUAGCAAGGCCCCUGUUACAUGAGUUCUACCAGGACCCAGCCACGUGGGAAGUGCAUGAGCAGUUCUUGUGGGGGCCUGGACUCCUCAUCACACCUGUCCUGUAUGAAGGUGCAGACCAAGUAAGAGCAUACAUUCCAGAUGCCACCUGGUAUGACUACGAGACAGGAGAUGCCAUCCAGUGGAGAAAGCAAUUUGUGGAUAUGCUACUCCCAGGUGACAGAAUUGGGCUUCACCUUCGAGGAGGCUACAUAUUUCCCAUCCAGCAGCCGAACACAACCACAGAAACCAGCCGGAAGAAUUCCCUGGGACUCAUUGUCGCCUUGGACUAUAAGAGAGAAGCCAAGGGAGAGCUGUACUGGGAUGACGGUGUGACUAAAGAUGCUGUAAUUAAUAAUAUGUAUAUUCUGUAUGAUUUCUCUGUUACUUCUAACCGUCUACAGGCAAAGAUUAUACAUAAUGGUUAUGUGGACCCGGACAACCUCAUGUUUACAGAUAUCAGAAUCUUGGGAAUGGACAAAGAGCCAAGUAAUUUUAUUGUGUCUUUAAAUAAUGUCGCCACCUCCAUUUCAAGUGUUGUCUACAGUGCUUCAACAAAGGUGGUGACCAUCACUGAUCUCAAGGGACUGGUUCUGGGACAAGAAUUCUCUAUACAGUGGGAUCUUGUAGUCAAUGAUCUGGAGAAGUUCAACUGCUAUCCUGAGGAUCCUACUGCCUCUGAGGAGAGUUGCAGACAGCGGGGAUGCCUUUGGGAGCCCACAGCUACUCCUGGUGUGCCCACCUGUUACUAUGACACCAUCCCUAACUAUGCUGCCAGUAACAUUCAGUACCUGCCCACGGGCAUCACCACCGACCUUACCCUCCUGGCGGUCCCUGCAUCUACCCGGGCAGCGGCAUCUCCACCAUCACCAGCAGCAGCCACUGUUUCUAAUCGUCUCUCUGAAAAGAUCAGCCUCCUCAGACUGAGUGUGACCUACCAUACAGAGAGCAUGCUGCAGAUAAAGAUCUAUGAUCCCACUAAUAAAAGGUACGAGGUCCCGGUACCUCUGAACACACCACGUUCACCGCUUGUCUCCCCUGAAAACUGCCUGUAUGAAGUCAGGGUUCAGAACAAUCCCCCUGGAAUCCAGAUUCGACGCAAAAGUUCCCAAACUGUGAUUUGGGAUUCUCAACUCCCGGGCUUCACCUUCAACGACAUGUUCCUUUCCAUUUCUACUCGCCUCCCUUCUCAGUACAUCUAUGGUUUUGGGGAAACUGAGCACAUGACUUUCAGAAGAAACAUGAACUGGACAACCUGGGGAAUAUUUGCUCGGGAUGAGCCACCAGCGUACAAGAAAAAUUCCUAUGGUGUUCACCCCUACUAUAUGGCCUUGGAAGAAGAUGGGAAUGCCCAUGGAGUGCUCCUGUUGAACAGCAAUGCCAUGGAUAUGACUCUGCAGCCCACUCCUGCCCUGACAUACCGCACUGUAGGAGGGAUUUUGGACUUUUAUUUAGUUUUGGGGCCAACCCCCGAACUGGUAACUCAGCAAUACACUGAGUUGAUUGGUCGGCCAGCAAUGACUCCAUAUUGGGCUCUGGGAUUCCAGCUGAGUCGCUAUGGAUACCAGAAUGAUUCUGAAAUCGCCAGUCUGCAUGAUGCAAUGGUGGCAGCCCAGAUCCCCUAUGACGUCCAGCAUGUGGACAUCGAUUACAUGGACCGGAAGCUGGACUUCACCCUCAGCCCUAGCUUUCAAAACCUCGGUGUCCUGAUAGAGCAAAUGAAGAAGAAUGGCACCAGAUUUAUUCUCAUUCUGGACCCAGCCAUUUCUGGCAAUGAGACACAGUAUCUCACCUUCACCAGAGGACAAGAAGACAACGUGUUCAUCAAAUGGCCCAACACCAGUGACAUUGUCUGGGGAAAGGUUUGGCCAGAGCUGCCCAAUGUAAAUGUGGAUGAAUCCCUUGACCAUGAAACUCAGGUCAAGAUGUACAGGGCCCACGUUGCUUUCCCUGACUUCUUUCAUAACAGCACAGCUGCAUGGUGGAAGAAAGAGAUAAACGAGCUCUAUGCUAACCCCAGAGAGCCAGCGAAGAGCUUGAAGUUUGAUGGACUGUCGAUCGAUAUGAAUGAGCCGUCAAACUUUGUGGAUGGAUCUGUUGGGGGCUGCCGCAGUGAAGUUCUUAAUAACCCACCCUAUAUGCCAGAUUUGGAAUCUAGGGACAAAGGCCUGAGCAGUAAGACCCUGUGCAUGGAGAGUGAGCAGAUCCUGCCAGAUGGCUCCCGGGUGCGACACUAUGACGUACACAGCCUGUACGGGUGGUCCCAGACCAGACCGACAUAUGAAGCUGUGCAGGAAGUGACUGGACAGCGAGGGACUGUCAUCACCCGCUCCACAUUCCCCUCCUCUGGCCGCUGGGGAGGACACUGGCUGGGAGACAACACUGCUGAGUGGGACCAGCUGGGGAAAUCUAUCAUUGGCAUGAUGGAGUUCAGUCUCUUUGGAAUGUCUUAUACAGGAGCAGAUAUCUGUGGCUUCUCUGGAGAUGCUGAGUAUGAGAUGUGUAUUCGCUGGAUGCAGCUGGGAGCCUUCUACCCCUUCUCCAGGAACCACAACACCAAAGGGACAAGGAGACAAGAUCCUGUGGCCUGGAAUUCAACCUUUGAGAACUUCUCAAGGAAAGCCCUGCAGCUCAGAUAUACCCUGCUGCCCUACCUCUACACUCUGAUGCAUAAAGCUCACACAGAGGGCAGAACCGUCAUCCGACCCCUUUUCCAUGAGUUUACAGAUGACAAGACAACGUGGGAUAUAGACCGUCAGUUUAUGUUGGGACCUGCCAUCUUGAUCAGCCCUGUGCUGGAAAGUAACACAUUUGAGAUCAGUGCUUAUUUUCCCAGAGCCCAGUGGUAUGACCAUAGCACGGAAUCUGCCUACAGAUCCACAGGUGAGUUGGUAAUACUGAAGGCUCCCCUAGACCACAUCAACCUUCAUGUCAGAGGAGGCUACAUCCUGCCUUGGCAAGAGCCUGCCAUUAACACUUACUACAGUCGACAAUGUUUUAUGGGGUUAACUGUUGCUUUGGAUGAUGAUGGGAAGGCUGAAGGUCAACUGUUCUGGGAUGAUGGACAAAGCAUUGACACCUAUGAAAAUGGAAACUAUUUCUUGGCAAACUUUAUUGCAGCUCAGAACACCUUGAAAAUUCAGGUCAUACACAAUAAGUAUUUGAGCGACUCAAAUUCAUUGAAAGUUGGAUAUAUUAAAAUCUGGGGAGUGAACUCUGCUUAUGUGACACAAGUCGGUUUCAUAUAUGACAACUGGGAAUUCAUGACGACCAAUUUCAAGAGUGACCCUUAUACUAAGACACUAACUAUUCAGUUGACUGACAAGAGUGUUAGUCUGGAAAAAUUAACUGAGGUAUUCUGGAUUCAUGGGAAUCCUUCCUUUACUACUCCGCCUGUGACAAGUGCCUUCCCCAUGAGUCCUGAGCCUUCUACAUCUUCUACAACAGCUGUUGGUACUGAGAUUCUCACUAGCUCUGCUAGUGCAAGUCCUACUGCUGGCACUAGUACUACUAAUGUCAUCACUGCCACCAGUGCUCCUUUCACCACCAGUAUUGCCACUGACACUACUGCCACUGUCCCUGUCCCCACCACUCCUUUCACCACAGGUACUACUAAUGUCACCACUGCCACCAAUGCUCCUUUUACCACCAGUAGUUCCACUGACACCAGUGUCACUCUCCCUGUACCAACCACUCCUUUUACCAUAGGCACUACUAAUGUCACCACUGCCACAAAUGCUCCUUUUACCACCAGUAGUGCCACUGACACUAGUCCCACUGUCCCUGUCCCAACCACUCCUUUCACCACAGGCACUACUAAUGUCACCACCAGUGCCACUGUCCCUGUCCCCACCACUCCUUUUACCACAGGCACUACUAAUGUCACCACUGCCACCAAUGCUUCCUUCACCACGAGAAUUGUCACUGACACCAGUGCCCCUGUCCCUGUCCCCACCACUCCUUUCACCACAGGAACUACUAAUGUCACCACUGCCACCAAUGCGUCCUUCACCACAAGAAUUGUUACUGACACCAGUGCCACUGUCCCUGUCCCCACCACUCCUUUUACCACAGGCACUACUAAUGUCCCCACUGCCACCAAUGCGUCCUUCACCACAAAAAUUGUCACUGACACCAGUGCCCCUGUCCCUGACCCAACCACUCCUUUCACCACAGGCACUACUAAUGUCACCACUGCCACCAAUGCGUCCUUCACCACAAGAAUUGUCACUGACACCAGUGUCCCUGUCCCUGUCCCAACCACUCCUUUCAUCACAGGCACUACUAAUGUCACCUCUGCCACCAGGGCUCCUUUCACCACCAGUAGUGCCACUUUCACCAGUGCCACUGUCCCUGUCCCCACCACUCCUUUCACCACAGGCACUACUAAUGUCACCACUGCCACCAAUGCGUCCUUCACCACAAGAAUUGUCACUGACACCAGUGUCCCUGUCCCUGUCCCAACCACUCCUUUCACCACAGGCACUACUAAUGUCACCACUGCCACCAGUGCUCCUUUCAGUAAUGCCACUGACACCAGUGCCCCUGUCCCUGUCCCAACCACUCCUUUCACCACAGGCACUACUAAUGUCACCACUGCCACCAGUGGUCCUUUCACCACCAGUAGUGCCACUGACACUAGUCCCACUGUCCCUGUCCCAACUACUCCUUUCAACCCGGGCACUACUAAUGUCACCACUGCCACCAAUGCUUCCUUCACCACGAGUAUUGUCACUGACACCAGUGUCACUGUCCCUGAACCAACCACUCCUUUCACCAUAGGCACUACUAAUGUCACCACUGCCACCAAUGCGUCCUUCACCACAAGAAUUGUCACUGACACCAGUGUCCCUGUCCCUGUCCCAACCACUCCUUUCAUCACAGGCACUACUAAUGUCACCUCUGCCACCAGGGCUCCUUUCACCACCAGUAGUGCCACUUUCACCAGUGCCACUGUCCCUGUCCCCACCACUCCUUUCACCACAGGCACUACUAAUGUCACCACUGCCACCAGUGCUCCUUUCAGUAAUGCCACUGACACCAGUGCCCCUGUCCCUGUCCCAACCACUCCUUUCACCACAGGCACUACUAAUGUCACCACUGCCACCAGUGGUCCUUUCACCACCAGUAGUGCCACUGACACUAGUCCCACUGUCCCUGUCCCAACUACUCCUUUCAACCCGGGCACUACUAAUGUCACCACUGCCACCAAUGCUUCCUUCACCACGAGUAUUGUCACUGACACCAGUGUCACUGUCCCUGAACCAACCACUCCUUUCACCAUAGGCACUACUAAUGCCACCAAUGCUCCUUUUACCACCAGUAGUGCCACUGUCACCAAUGCCACUGUCUCUGUCCCAACUACUCCUUUUACCAUAGGCACUACUAAUGUCACCACUGCCACCAAUGCUUCCUUCACCAUAAGUAUUGCCACUGACACCAGUGCCACCGUCCCUGUAUCCACCACUCCUUUCACCACAGGCACUACUAAUGUCACCAUUGCCACCGAUGCUCCUUUUACCACGAGUAUUGCUACUGACACUAGUCCCACUGUCCCUGUCCCAACUCUUUUUACCAUAGUCACUAAUGUCACCACUGCUACCAAUGCUUCCUUCACCACGAAUAUUGUCACUGACACCAAUGUCACUGUCCCUGUCCCAACCACUUCUUUCACCAUAGGCACUAUUAAUACCACCAGUGCUCCUUUUACCACCAGUAGUGCCACUGUCACCAGUGUCACUGUCUCUGUCCCAACUACUACUUUUACCAUAGGCACUACUAAUGUCACCACUGCCACCAAUGCUUCCUUUACCACGAGUAUUGUCACUGAUACCAGUGCCACUGUGUCUGUCCAAGCCACUUUCCCCAUAAGCACUGUUGGUGCUACAGCAAACACAGCUGCUCAGGAUACAGCUCGUCCUCCUGGUGCCACUGCUGCCAGCCCGAGUGAUGUGGUGCCUCCUGCAGCCAUGGCCUCCCCGGCCAGUACUGUUGCUGCUGAAACCAGUACUGAGUUACUGGCCUCAUCUACCUCCCCGCUAACCAGUACCAGUCAUGUGGGCAGGAGCACUGUGGUUCCUCCUGGCGCCACCCCUUCCCCUCCUGGCGCCACCCCUUCCCCUGCAACCCCUCCCACAUCCAAUGCUGGUGCUAGUGCUGCUCUGGUGACCACCUCCUCUCGUGCCAAUAAGGAUGAUACCAGUCCUCACCAUGGACUUCCAGUUGCGUCCACUCCUCUCACACACACUGGUGCUGAUUCCAUAAGCAAUAGCUUUCCUCUUUUGACUCCUUCUUUCUCUGAAAAUAGUACUGAUGCUUUGAACACCACUGUUGUUACGGGAACUACACCUGUAGGUAGGAAGGUUGCUGGCACUGGCAGUGAGUCUCCUGUUACACAUCCUUUUCCCUCUACAGUGCCUGGUGGUUUCAACAGUGGUAAGACUCUUCCUGAAGUGAGUACUCUUUCUACAAAUACUGUUGCUUCUAGUCAUCUUCUUUCUGUUUCGACUUUCUCCCCAGAAGGAACAACUGCCACCUCUCUUAAUCCCCCUGAUACUGCAGUGCCACCAUCUUCAGACCUGGGCCCGGGAACCUCCCCUGUCACAACAAACUUAGCAAAUAGCUCCGCUACAGAGGGUACAACCUCUGGCACCACAGAUACCACUUUUGAUGUAGCAACUGCUACUGACACACAACCAUCUAGUACCCAAGACUCAAGUUCCUUCUCCCCUACUCCUGCAAAGGUUAGAACUGCCUCCUCUGAAAUCACAGAGUUCACUGCUCCCGGCUCUGCUGUUACUGUGACACCAGUCUUAAGUCACACAACAUUAAUCCCCACUCAUGUUCCUAAUCAAGGCACCAUUGAUACUUCUACCACAAGCACUACAGCCAUGACUGUGGUUUCACUUACUACAAAUGCUACACAUCUCACCACUGCAGGAAACACAAAUGCAGCCAGAGGAGUCGCCAUGGUUACUAUGUCUGCCAAUGACACUUCUGUAAAAACUACAGACCAAGGCAUGUCAGCUCUGCCUCCUAUAGGUGACCCUGGUGCCACCAGAGAUGAUGAAUCUCUGAUAGAACAUACCAGAAAAGUCACUGCUACUCAUCCUCAAAAUAGCCCCACUCAUGCUUUAAAUACCACUUCCACAGGCACUGGGGAUACUUGAAACCAACCACCACCAAUGCUCACAAUGCUGUGUAGCACCAGGCAUCACAGGUACUGUAGAUACUCCCACUAGAGGUACCCCAACUACUCAACUACUCUUAACCUUGGCACUACAAGUGUUUCUACUGAAUACUUUCUCUACUCUCCCACAUAGUACUCAAGAAUCUGCCACUUCUCAUACACAAACACUAAAGACAGCACAUCUGCUGCUAAAGCUACUGGAAAUGCCACUACAGUAUGUAGUUCUACCAGGGCUACACAUAUUUUCAACACAAAAACCACAAAUUCAAUUACUAUUUAUACAGUCCUUUCAAAUUCUUACAUCCAAAGUGCCAAGGUAUCCUGUAUAUUUCAAUAUAUAGUUUAGAUACUUCCACUCCUCAUAGAAUAACAUAGGAUGCUUCUGGUUAUUGCAUCUACAGAAGUCACAAGUGCCAUGAAUGCUGCUCUAGUUCCAUGACUGCUGUUGAAGCUGGGUCAUUACUACAGAUAACCCUUUGAAACAACUAUUGCAUAUGUAGACGAUCAGUGGAUACCCAAUCUUAUGCUUUCUGUUUUCACCAUUAUUUUUACUCUAACCAGAGCAGAUAUGGGUAUUCCAACACUGUCAACAUUGCAGGCAGGUUUAAGAAUGCAUCCAUUACAAAGUUUUCACCAAAGAAGCCAAAUUGUGUACCAUGAUUCUUUUAAUCAUAGUUAUUAUUUCCAUAGCCCUAUUAAUUAAACUUUAAAUAUUUAUAUCCUUGCUACAGACUUCACACACAAUCUUGGUGUUUUCAGAUAAUAUAUUCAUAGACUUUAGGUGCUAUGAAUACUAGUACCCAAGACUCGAGUUCUUGUAGAUGUAGUUAUUGAAAUAGCUCAAAUUGUUUCUUGGGUAACAGGACAUGAUACAACAGUAUCACUAAAUGCACUAGUGAUACACAUGACACUCAAUUGACCUUUCCAACAACAGUUAUUAAUAUUGCAAAUUAUUUGAUUAAUGAUGCAAAAAUAGCAGUUUAUUUUCCUGAGGACUUUUCCAAGUACCAGGGCUACCAAUAUAGAAAUUUGCUAUCACACAUGCUAAAAGUCAUAUUGCUUUUGAUAAAAUUCUCGUUGUUGCUGUAUAUAUGGAAAAUGCUAUCAUUGUAGAUAUUGUAUAUGCCUUGACUGCAGGCACUGAAGUCAUUAAAUUAUGAAUAUUAAACCUUUUGCUAUCACAGAAAAUAAAAAUGACUCUACAUAAUAAAAAAGCAGUCCCCCAGUUUUGCAGUCAUUAUUUCCAUGGGCAUUAUUGAUACUACAGAUUUGAUAACUAUAGGUUGAAUAUCCCUUAUCUGAAAUACUUGGGACCAGAAGUGUUUUGGAUUUCAUGUAUUUUUCAGAGUUUGAAACAUUUGUAUAUACAGAAUGAGCUUACCUUGGGGAUGUGAUCCGAAUCUAAACAUGCUUUAUUUUUCAUAUAUACCUUGUACAUAUAGCCCGAAGUUAAUUUUAUAUAAUAUGUUUAAUUACUUUUUUCCUGAACAAAGUUUUAUGUAUGAAAUUUCUCACUAGUUGCAUCAUGUUGGUGCUCAAAACGUUUCAAUUUCAGACUUACAUAUUAGGGAUGCCCAACAUGCACUACUUUAGUGUGGGGACACUAAAGUCCUUCCAGAACCCUUCACAUUCAUCUUACUUAUGAAUCUAGGCCCUUACUGGUACCACCAGUGACAAGCUCUGACUCUCCAGAAAUCACCCAGAGAAAAGACACAGCCCAUGGGAAGCGGUCGACCCUGGAAUCAGAGUUCAUAAUCUUGUUUAUUUUUCCUUUAUCUGCCUGCUUUCCCUUUGUUAUUUGACUGUUUUAACUGUUAUUUGACACUCUCUUCAGUGUGAUAAGGCUUUUGCCUUAUCAUGUUCUUGGUCUUUUAUAUACAAAUUCAUCACUUAUCUCCAACCUAUUACUUCCUCAGAUCACCCAGAGGCCCCUCAGUAGACUCAGGGUCAUGGCCAAAUCCAGCCACUUUUGUGCUGUUGAUGGUUUAACUCUAGAAAAGCUUUCUCCAAGUGCAGUUACAGAAUCUGUGCAGUGCCCCACAAUAUUCUGUGGGAUCAAAACUAUCUUCACUCUAAUAAGCUGUUAUUUGCCUAUUUCUUAUUCUUACUCUUAUUCUCUCAUUAGUAUAUGGUAGAUUUUUCCCAGAGAUUCUAUUCUGUGUUGUAUCACAAUAGAUAAAUAUAGAGACAGAUGCUAGAAUAUAGUUUUCUUCUGUAAUGUAAGAUACUCAUAUUAUUCGGAUUUGCAAAAUGUAAAACAGUGCUAUUCCUUUUACUGCUUUUUUUGUGCUUUGAAAAAUAUGUUAUUUUUCACAAAAUAUGUUAUUUAUGUUAACAUGUGGGAAUAUAUUGUUAUUUUUAAUGAAUGAAAAAAUAAAUAAUGACAAAAAUAUUUUACAA